CGCGCGAAGGCUCGAAGCGGUCCCCGGGCGGCGGGAGCGCGGGCGGGAUAUGGCGGCGGUAGCAGUAACAACGGAGGGUUCCGCUGAGAUUCCGUUGGCAGAUUUGAACCCAGACUUGGAGAAACCCCUGGACAGUGACUCUGACAGUGGCCAGGGCAGUUGUGAGACAGCCUCCCCAGGUCCCCUUGCCAAGGGYACAGCAUCCUUCGAGGACAGAGAUUCAGAGGAAGAGAUUUUUGUGCGGAAAAAAGCAAAAAACAAGAAGGURCUUCAGGACAGUGAGAGYGARGAGGAGGAGGAGGAAAGAGGCUCGUCUGUGCAUGAAGAUGUUUUGACUGGAGACAAGGAAAAUGGGGAGGAAAAGGAGAAUGUUGCUGCUGAGAAAAACAAGAAAUCCCAUCGGAUCCGCCAGGCUCUGCUGGACAGUGAUGACAGUGACACUGGUGACCARUUACAGAUUGAAAACCUUGAAACARGCAGGACAUCUGGCUUGCCUGAGGGAGAGCUGGAAGAGGAGAGACCCCUCAAAUCUGGAAAAAAGUACAGAAGACAUAAACAUAAACACGAUGUUGGUGAGGAGCCAGCAAAAGAAGCGAUAGGAAAAUCCAGAAGAAGGAAGGGGAAAGAGAAAAUAAUGGAGUCCAUUAAACAGCUGAGAAAAGAAAAGAAGCCUGUGGCAGAGGUGGAUGGUGGUGAGAGGUUUCCCUUCAAUGACAGUGGAUGUCUUCUGGAUGACAAGGAKCUCUUUGAUAAUGGCUUGGAAGAGGAGAAUGAUAAACCCCCUGAGGAUGAAGAGUCCAUAGAAGCCAUACGAGCAGCUGUGAAAAGCAAAAUAAAAAAAUACAAGAACAAAGAACAUUUUCCUGAGGGUGAAGGCUACAAACAUGUAUUUGAUGAGGAGAAUGAGGAGCCUGUAUUAAAGGAGCCAAAAAGGAAGGAGCGGAAAGCAGCAAGAUUAAGUAAAGAAGCCAUUAAACAGCUACAUAGUGAGACCCAACGACUCAUUAGAGAAUCAUCAGUGUCUCUCCCAUAUCAUGUGCCUGAGGCCAAAACUGUUCACGACUUCUUCAAGCGCAGACCUCGACCAGCAUGUCAAGGAAAUGCCAUGGCCCUGCUAAAGUCCUCUAAAUACCAGCUACCUCUAAAUGAAGAAUCUGCAGCCACUGGAAACUUGAGCAAGGAUUGCAAAGAUGGGCCAGUGAAAAGUGAUCAAUCAGCAGCUGCUGAACCAGAAAUGAACCUUGCCAAAGAUGUUGAUGCUGCUGUGACUGAAGAAGUAGGGAAGAACUUGCCAGAGGACUGUGCUGAGCAGCCCAGGCAGGACCAGGAGGAUUCUCAUGCUACAGUCACAGGGACUGUAACAACUGAUGGUAACACAGAGGAACAGCCACCCUCCCAUUGCCUGAGCACUGACUGUGAUGAGCAUAAAGAGAGUGAAAUUCCUCCAGCACCUGGUGAUGCCCUCGUGCAAGGAGGGGAAACACAGCCAGACAUACAGAGUGAAACAAGCAGUCAACAAGUGGGGCCUGGACUGGUGGCACAGCCUGAAAAAGUGAGGAAAUCCAAGCUGGAUAAACUUCGUGAACUGGGAAUAGAUGUGUCCAUCAAGCCAAGAAUCUGCUCUGACAAUGAAUCCUUCAUUACCCUUGAUGAAGCUGAACCAAAUAAAGAGCUAGAAGCCCUGAAAGCACGUUUCUUGAAGCACACUCUCCAGACGUCGAAAUCCAAAGCAGAACGGGCCAUAAACAUGAACAUUAUCCGUAAAGAAACAACAUCUGAUGGGAAGGAGGAGCUGAGAGCAGAUGUGGUGCCAGCAGUUUUGGCUGCAGAGAGCCUGGAGGAAACUGUCCACACAAAACCAGGUGAAAAGCUCCAAGCCCUGAAAGCCAAGCUCCAGGAGGCCAUGAAGCUCCGCAGGAGCGAGGAGCGCCAGAAGCGGCAAGCGCUGUUCAAACUGGACAAUGAGGAGAUGCUGGAGGAAGAGGAGGAAGAGGAGGAGGAGGAAGAGAUGACAGACGAAUCCGAGGAGGAGGAAGAAGAAGAAGAAGGUGAUCACGAGAAUUCAGAAUUUCUGCUUGAUGAAGCAGAGGAAGAUAAUGAAGAUGCAGAAGAGAAACAUGUUGAAGAUGGUGAUAAAGAAACCGACAAAGAAUCAAUUGAUGGAGAAAAGCUGGAGAAACCUGGGCACUGUGAUUCUGUUCUAAAAAAUCCUUCAACAGAGUCUACAUUGAUACUUUUUAAGGACAGCUCCUCAAAAAUGGGAUAUUCUCUUCCUGAUGAGAAACUGGAAAUGGAAGAAACUGCAGACAAAGGACCUACCAAGUUAGAGGAUGAUGAUUCAUUUUCUCUACCAACACUGGCAAAGGAGAACAGCCACAACAGCAGCUUUGAGUUCAUUGGCUCCAUGAUUCCAUCCUACCAGCCCUGUAACAAACAGGCCUCACGGGGAGGGAGCUUCUUACCUGCAGCAGGAGGGUUCAGGUCACCCUCCCCAGGUUUCUUCAGAACAAGCUUUAUCAGCUCUGCUUCCAAGAGCUCAGGAAAGACCUCUGAGCCUUCUCUUCCCAUAGAAGAUUCCCAGGACCUAUAUAAUGCCUCUCCUGAGCCCAAAAGUUUGUUUCCAGGGGCUGGGGAGUCAAGGUUUCAAUUUUCCCUGGAAGAUGACACUCAGAGCCAGCUGCUUGAUGCAGAUGGGUUCUUGAAUGUUGGACACCACAGGAAUAAAUACCAGUCCUCAAAGCAUCAGCUACCACUGGCUAGCAUGGAUGAGAAUGCCAUGGAUGCCAACAUGGAUGAGUUACUGGAUCUGUGUUCUGGACAGUUCAACAGCCAAGCUGAGCACGUGCCAAACACCAGCAGUGCCAAAAAGCAGAACAUGGAGGAGCUGCUCAAUCUUUGCUCAGGAAAAUUUGUGUCUCAGACAGGUUCUCCAACAUGGGCCUCUUCAGUGUCUUCCAAAGCAGAAAAAGACAGUGACAUGGAAGAUCCAAUGGCAGAGGCUUUGGAGCUCUGUUCAGGCUCCUUUCCCACAGACAGGGAAGAGGAAGAGGAAGAGGAGGAGGAACAAGAAGAACUUGGUGGUUUUCAGCUUUUAACAGAUGAUGAGGCCCUUGCAAGUGAAGAGGAUGAAAAAGGUGAAGAUAGUGCUGCUGAAGAAGCAGAAAUAAGUGAUGAAGAGGAAAAACUGCUGAGACGUAGACCAGGCUCAAAGAAAAAACUAAAACUGCAGGAUUUCAUGGAAGAUGAGGCAGAGCUGUCGGGGAGUGAUGUGGGCAGUGAGGAUGAGUACGACAGCGAAGACCUGAACGAAUACGAAGAAGAGAUUAUUGAUGAGGAGCUCCCAAAUGACGUGGAAUUAGGAAACCAAAUACAGAAAUUCCACAUGAAGGCGAUGUUGGAUGAUGACAAACGCCAGCUGCGCCUGUACCAGGAGCGGUACCUGCUGGAUGGGGACCUGCACAACGAUGGCCCUGGCAGGACCAGGAGGUUCAGAUGGAAAAACAUAGAUUUUGCUUCACAGAUGGACCUGUUUCAGAGAGAUUCAGAUAACGAUGAGGAGAAUGAAGAGUUUGAUGAUACAGAAGUGAAGUGGAGGAAGGAGAGGUUUGAGCGAGAGCAGUGGCUCCGUGAGCAGAAGGAAAAAAAUAAAGAGCAAGAAGAGGAAGAGGAAGAAAUUGCUGCAGACAGCGAAUUCAUGAAACUGGCAAAAAAAGUGACUGUCAAGUCCCUGCAGAAGAAAGCCAACCCAGCAGUGGUGGCACAAGAGCCAACUCUGUUACCCAGGAACCCAUUUGAAGCCUUCAGACCUGCCAGUGACAUCCAGAUAAAAAAUGGGUCACUCUUGAACAGGCCUAAAGCUGUCCUUCAGAAACUGGCAGCAAUGUCAGAUCUUAAUCCAAAUGCCCCUCGAAAUUCAAGGAAUUUUGUCUUUCAUACACUUUCCCCAGAGAAGAGUGAAGAGGCAAAGGAGAAAUCAAAACCUCAGGUGAAGAAGAGAGGUCCUUCUGCAGUGACAACAUCAGUGGCAAAGAGGCCCAGGGUCGAAAGCUCAGAAGAAACCAGUCAGAGCCGAAGCAUUUUCCAGUACUUGGAGAGCUGAAUAUUUUUGUUUGGGGCCAAAGGUUGUGUCUCC